UAAACAAAAUUUACAGUUAACGCAAAUUACAAAAUCGAAAAAUAUUUCCAGUUUUCUAAUUUUUCAAUAUACUUAGUGAAAAUGCCUAACCAUUCGGGAUUUCGCCAAAAUAAUCGAAAACCACAAAAACCCAAGGAAAAGCCUACGAUUGAUGAAAACAACCCAGUGCUGAAGGCAUUCCAAUCGUAUGCUGCUGAACUAGAUGCCAAACAUGAUCGUUACGAGCGCAUUGUAAAGCUCAGUCGUGAUAUCACCAUUGAGUCAAAGCGUAUUAUAUUUUCGUUACAUUCAAUUGACUCCCGUAAAGACAACAAACAGAAAGUCUUGGAUGAGGCUCUGCAACGUCUACAAAAGCUAAUUGAAGUCAAUUUUAAAGCGGUAGCCAAAGAAUUACAGGAUCAAGAUCCCUACCAUUACCGUGGCGCUUAUUCUCCGGGACUUCAGGAAUUUAUAGAAGCAUAUACUUUUAUGGAGUACAUGAAAUAUGCUGACGAAGCCAAGGAAGGUGAAAAUAAUCUUGAGAAAUCAAUUUCUGAUUGGAUGGACUUGCAAAAACAAAUGCACUAUACUGAAGUGGACAAGGAGGCUAAGGAAAGUGAAGACGCCGAUAAUGAGAAAGCGGUUGCCAAAGAAUUCUCGUUCUUUGUCGAUCCCACUGAAUACAUAUUGGGUGUCUCUGAUCUUACCGGUGAAUUAAUGCGUCGCUGCAUUAAUUCCUUGGGCAGUGGGGAAACUGACACUUGCUUAUCAACCUGUAAAGUACUGCAACAGUUUUAUACGGGCUAUAUAUGCCUUAAUGUGCAUAGAUGUCGGGAGUUGUCCCGUAAAAUAUACACCAUGCGUCAAAGUGUAUUAAAAUCCGAACAUGUUUGCUACAAUCUUAAAGUACGCGGUGGCGAAGCCGCCAAAUGGGGAGCUGUAUUUGAUAACAAGCCAGGAGAUGAUAUCGAUGAAGGAUUUUAUUAAAAUGACAAAUUUUCUUUGUAUCAAUUAAAAAAAGUAAAAAUUAAAUGGUAAAAUUAUUUGCAGCCUAAUUUAUUCGACCUAUUUUUAUUAAUUUUAUUUCUAAAAUAACAAAGCAUUUGUAAAUCUGAACAAGCUCAAUAAAUUUGAAUUAAAAUUA